CGCCUUCUGCUAAAAUGGGUAUCUCUCGAUGCUCAAGAGACGUGCCACUGGAUACAAAAAGAAGGUGUGGAGAAAGAAGCUAAAUGGCUGAUGUUUUCCUGUGGAGGGAUAAGAAGCUAUCAGGAGCAUUGCAGCAGCUCAUCUCAAGAGAAACAAAUCCCCUCCAAAGUCAAAGUUGGAUUGCCACUGGUGUUCAAGUCAAGCUUUGACAAAGCUAACCGUACAUCCUCAAAAUCAUUCCGGGGCCCUGGCAUGGCUGAAGGGUUAAAGAUCCUUAAGAAGGUUAAAAUAGCUUUUGACCUCCCUAUAGUUACAAAUGUACACGAGUUUAUACAGUGCGAAGAAGUUGGCAAAUUAAGUUUGCAGAUAUCAUUCAGAUUCCUGCAUUUUUAUGCCGUGAGAAGAGUUGGACAAUCCUUGGUUGCUAAAACUGGAGCUCUCUCUGCCAAAAGUUACUCUCUGAAGACUCGCUCAGCUGUAUGGUAGACUUAGUAGGAAAAGAUGGCAUUGCGAAGGUUGGGUGUCAGGAAGUGUUUAUAUGCAAUAAAGCAAGGUUUUGUUCCAAUGAGGCCAUGAGAGCAGCAAAGCUAGACUCCUUAAGUAAAUUUCUGGAUGUAUAUUGCUAGGAGAGUACUAUUAGAUGUACUCCUUUCGUGUAUAAAAGAUUAGUUUUGCACAAUCAAUUUUGAUGCAUGAUGUAGAUUAUAACAUUUUCUAUAUAUUGAUCAGUUACUGUUAAUUUGGUCA